AUGUGGAAUAGAGCAAAGAACACGGGCCCCUCUAGAAUAAAUUUCUCCCUCGUUCAUCAAUACAUUCAACGUUUUAAUGAGGUGUCUGGAAACAGAUCAGCUGGUAUCCGGAUAAAAUCUAAGAUUCCUGGAGUGAUCAUCACACAGCAUGUAGCAAAUCUGCCAGAAGGAAAAAGCGCCCCAGAUUUUCUGUGUAAACCUCUCCCAGUGAGCGUCAACGAAGGAAAAUUUGCCAUUUUUAAGGCCAUGGUGAAAGGGGAUCCAGUACCAGAAGUAUCAUGGAGAAGAACUAAAGGGAAUAUGUCAGACAAGGAGAAAUUUCAGAUGAAAUAUGAUGAAUCAACUGGAGAGCACAUAUUAGAGAUCCGCAAAGUGUCUGCGAUCGAGGCGGAUACAUACAAAUGCUACGCUGCGAACGAGUAUGGCAAAGCUGUCUGCUCUACAACAUUAACUGUCAAUGAGUCUUUGACAAAUCCAUCAGAUUUCAGAAAAUUGCUGAGGAGAAGUAAAGUAGAAACAGAAGAAGAAAACCAAACAAAUACCGAAGAUGAGGGAACUAAUACAAGAUUCUGGGACGCCAUGCUGAAUGCUGACAGGAAAGACUAUGAGCGCAUCUGUAAUGAGUUUGGUGUUUCAGACUUACAUUCAAUUCUCAAGAGACUGGAGGAGAGGAAGAAGGAGAGAGCGCAAAACAAGACGAACGAUUCUGUUAUAAAGGGCCAGAUGCAAAAGGGCACAGGGCUAAGUCAGCUGGAUAUAAACCUCCUUGACACAGGGUUGAAUCAGAUGGAUAGUGAAGAUGUCAAACUCCUCCUCAAAGAGUUUAAACUUUCCAAUGUGGACUUCGUUGUCAAAAUUCAAGAGAUUAAUGUCGAAGUAGGAGAGGAUGCCCUCUUUGAAUGUGUCCUGACUCACCCACUGCCCAGAGUCACGUGGAUGCGUAAGGGCAGCGUCCUGGAGGAUGGAGAAAAAUACAACAUAACUGUGUCAGACCACAAACUGAUCCACAAGCUGCUGAUCAGGGACUGCAAGCAGCAAGACAAAGGCAUCUACUCAGCUGUGGCUGGAAUUACAUCCUGCAAUGCCUGGCUGGUGGUGGAAGUUGAAAGUAACCUCACAUCUGCUGAUAAGAAGAAAACACGUAAAACUGCCUCAGCUGAUGGAGCAGAGACGGACCUUGAGAAAGUGGCCAAACAGCAGCAAAUAAAAAACCGAGAGGAGAUGGAGAAGAUUUUAGCAGCCAUGAAAGCAAAACACGAAGCAGAACAACCGACCGGAGAAAAGCCAUUAACUGCUUGUGGAAGAGAUAGUGAAAUAAUAGCACUCACUGGACCGGGUAAAAACAGUGGAGCGGUAAAGGACAAGCCUGAUGCCGCAAAAGCCAGAGCCUCUUUUGAAGAACAAGGGGGCAGAGAGAAAGUUAAGAUGAGCAACUCUAAAGCAGAUGGCACAGUAUUGAAAUCGGAUGCUUCAGGGUGUGUAACUUCUCCAGGAGAGCAACUGAUAGCAGAUGAACUUAAGAACAACAAACACACCAAAUCUGGUCAAGAGGAUUUUGACAAGGUAACAGAUGCUAUUGAAGAAGGACACUCUGAAGAUAAUGAGGACUUCACUGGAUCAUCCAAUAAAUCAAAACGCAUCACCUAUGGUCAAGAGACUGAUCAUAGAGAAACAGAUAAAAAUGAAGCAGGAAGUGAUGAAGAUGAAGAUGUGGAGGACUCUAAGGUCACAAAUUUGAAUCAUUCGAAGACACAGGAUGCAACCAAUGUGAAUAAACUGUGUGUGCAAUGGCAUUAUAAUAUUUUGCUCUCUGAAACAUUAAAAAACUUGGAUUUCAAAGGUGAAAGCACAUGUCCUGAAGAACACACUGAGUAUAAUGAGACAGAAGAUGAAACUGGCGUUGCCACACAUUCAAAGCAUAAAAGACAAGGUCCACUGAUAGAAGAUACAGUGAUUGAUCCAGGGGUUCAGUUCAUCUGUGGACUGUCUGAUGUCAGCGCUAUCAUCGGUGAGGCCGCCGAGUUAACAUGCAAGGUCAGCAGUGAAGACUGUGAGGGAGCCUGGUUCAGAGAUGGCAAAAAGAUAUCCCCAGAUGACAAUUUCACAAUCACUAAAGAUGGCACGAUCCACAAAUUAAUCAUAAUCACAUGCAAAGAAGAGCUCUCUGGGAAAUACCGCUUUGAGGCAGACAGUCGUAAAACAGAAGCAAUUAUCAACGUCAAAGAUCCCCCACGGUUUCAACCUGAAGACCUCUGUACUUUCAGCAAGCCUGUAACAGUUAAAGUGGGGCACAAUGCCAUCUUUAAACUGCAUUUUGUUGGCUACGAACCCAUAAAGAUUCAGUGGUACAGAGAGGGAGAAAAGCUCCAAGGUGACAACAACACAAAGAUAGAGAAAUCUGCAAGUCACAGCCGCUUGCUGCUGAGCAGGUGCCAGAGAAAGGACACAGGAGAGAUCAAGAUUAAACUGAAGAACGAACACGGCUUCAUUGAGGCGAUUUCACAGCUGAUUGUGCUCGACAAACCCACUUCACCCCUGGGUCCUGCGGAGGUAACAGAGAGCUCAGCUACAUGUAUUGAAUUUAGUUGGAGGCCUCCAAAGGACGAUGGUGGUUCACCAGUGAUUAACUACAUACUGGAGCGACAGCAGGUGGGACGAAACACCUGGAAGAAAAUUGGGGAAAUCCCAGAUGUGCCCAGCUACCGUGACACAAAUGUGGACCGUGGCCGAAAAUAUUGUUAUCGUAUCCGAGCGGUGACUGCGGAGGGUGUAAGUCAAGUGAUGGAGACUGACGAAAUGCAAGCUGGUACACUUGCCUUCCCUGGCCCUCCAGCGCCUCCAAAGGUGGUCAGUGCCUGUGAUGACUGCAUAAACCUUUCCUGGGAUUCACCAAAUAAAACAGGAGGUUCACGUAUCCUGGGCUAUAUUUUGGAGAAGCGCAAGAAGGGGAGUAAUCUAUGGACUGUUGUCAACGCUUCAGAUGAGCUAAUAAAAGGGAAGAAAUAUGACGUGAAGGAUGUUGUGGCAGGUAUGGAAUAUGAAUUCAGAGUCACUGCCAUAAACAUCUCAGGAGCUGGUGAAUACAGCAACCCCUCUGAGUUUGUUUUUGCACGGGAUCCUAAGAAGCCUCCUGGUAAAGUUACAGGCCUGAAGCUAACAGAAACUUCUUACACCCAUUUGGUCCUGACCUGGACUAAACCUGAAGAAAAACUUGGCAUACAGGAUGAAGCUAAAGGAUAUUUUGUUGAGAUACGUCCAGCGGAUUGCAUUGAAUGGUCCCGCUGUAAUAGCCCCCCCAUCAUUAUGACUUCUUUCAGGGUAAAAGGCCUUAAGUCCAUGGACAUGUACUGGGUGAGAGUGAUUGCAACUAAUGAUGGAGGAGAGAGUGUUCCUGAGGAAUUGGCCAAUUAUGUUAUUGCAAUGCCUUCUCCUGUGAGGCCAAAGUUCACAAACCACAGGAUGAAGAGUUUCAUAGUGGUGAGGGCGGGAAAUUCAGUCAGGAUCACGAUAAACUUUGAGGCCUUACCACGGCCAGUGAUUAUGUGGCUAAAGGACAACGUGCCAGUGACAAAGCGAGUAACCAUCAGUAACUCUGAUGGCUCAUCACAGAUGCUGAUCCCCUCCUCUGAGCGCUCUGAUUCAGGCAUCUACUCAAUUUUAGUGAAAAAUCUCGCAGGACAGGAGACAUUCAGUACAGAAGUCAGGGUUACAGAUGAUCCAAAGCCUCCUGGACUAGUAGAAUUGGAGGAAAAUGUGCCUGGCACAGUCACAGUGAUCUGGGAACCUUCUCCUGAUGAGAAGCGUGAUGAUCGCCUCCACUACACAGUGUCCAAACUGGACUCUACUAAACGCACAUGGUCCACAGUGGCUGACAGACUCUUCAAUAACAAGUUCACGGCCUGCAAUAUCAUGCAUGGGAGAGAAUAUCAUUUCCGAGUCUAUGCCAAAAAUGACAUGGGCAUAUCUGCACCGUCGGAGUCACCGACAUGGGGAACGGAGAGAAAGAAAGAAAAGUUUGUGGUGAGUUUACCAACCAGAAAGGACUGUGAUUUGCAAUGUGCUCCCACCUUCCUUGUACCUUUAAAGCUUCACACUGCACCGAAAGGCUAUGAAUGCUACAUGAGUUGUGCAGUGAAAGGAAAUCCCAAACCUCGUAUCACAUGGUAUCGAAAUCACAUCAGUAUAAACACUGAUACCAACUAUUACAUCUCCAACAUCUGUGGAGUUUGCUCCUUGUUAAUCCUUCAUGUGAGCCCCAAAGACAUGGGAGAGUAUACCAUCACUGCAGAGAACACCCUGGGACGGGCUGAAUGCUUCACUGUACUCAGUGUCAGAGAGUGA